AUGCUCGCGCGCAGGUCUCUCCUCGCCACCCUCCUCGCCGCUGCAGCUGCCGCCGCCACCGAGUGGCCAGACUGCAGCCCGCGUGCGGACGGGCAUCCGCCGUUCAACAGCAGCCGCCCAGGCCCGUUUGGCUCGCCCGUCCGACUCAACGCGACUUGGAUGCACCGCCCUAUCGUGGUGCUGCACCCCACGGCGCGUCGCGCCUUCCCUCUCCUCGUGUUCAUGCACGGCGCCACGGCAAAGAUCGAGAUGUACCUGCCCGUCCUCGAGCUCUACUCAUCGCACGGCUUUGUCGUCGCCUUUCCGUACAUUGAGAGCCCGUCCGGGGACACUCGCCCUCUCACGCUCAACACCAAUGGUGAGUACAUCCUCCGGGCACUCGACUAUGCCUCCGCGGCCGCCUCGAACGCGAGCUCGCCACUGCACGGGCGGGUCGACAUGGGCAGCGUCGUCCUCGCGGGCCACAGCAUGGGCGGCACCUGCGCAGUCAUGGCGGGUGUCCGCGUGCCUGCUGCGCACGAGGAGCACGACUUGCGUACCGUCUCCUCGCGCUCCCCGCUGCUGCUGACCACCGCCACCAACGACGGCGCCUUCUGGCCGGCGCCGCUGACCGCACAGCACGAGCGCGGCUGCUUCAAGGGGGCGCUCGGCGGCGGCGCCACAGGCUCUCAGCACCCGGCCUUCUUUGUACAGUUCUCAACGGCGGCCUGCGCCGAGGACGGCGCGCGCAGGCCGUUUGCGGAUGCAGGGCACGACUGCGCCUUCAAGGCUGGCGUCGAGACGCCGUGGGUCCUGUCCGCGAUGAAGCUGUACGCGCAGCAGCGCGGCCGUGCCAGCAGCCGCUGCGCGAGCAUGCUGCUGGGCGGUGGCGCGGGCUCGCUCAAGGCGGACCCGCUCGUCGAGUUGUCGCUGGUGGCGGGAGAGCGGGAGCUUGGUGGGGGCGUCAGGGGUAAGGAGAGCGAGAGCUGA